GCCUCAGAAUACAAGUCUUGCAAUGUCUCUUUGCACAGAACACCAGCUUGAUCAACACCAAGAAGAAGCUGGAAACAGACAUUGCCCAAAUUCAGGGUGAAAUGGAGGAUACUAUCCAGGAAGCCCGCAAUGCUGAAGAGAAGGCCAAGAAGGCCAUCACAGAUGCGGCCAUGAUGGCAGAAGAGCUGAAGAAGGAGCAGGACACCAGCGCCCACCUGGAGAGGAUGAAGAAGAACCUGGACCAGACGGUGAAGGACCUGCAGCUCCGUCUGGAUGAGGCUGAGCAGCUGGCACUGAAGGGAGGCAAGAAGCAAAUCCAGAAGCUGGAGGCCAGAGUGCGGGAGCUGGAAGGGGAGGUUGAUGCUGAGCAGAAGCGCAGCGCUGAAGCCGUGAAGGGUGUGCGCAAGUACGAGAGGAGGGUGAAGGAGCUGACCUACCAGUCUGAGGAAGACCGGAAGAAUAUUCUCAGGCUCCAGGAUCUGGUGGACAAGCUGCAAAUGAAGGUGAAAUCCUACAAGAGACAAUCUGAAGAGGCUGAGGAGCUGUCCAAUGUCAACCUCUCCAAGUUCCGCAAGAUCCAGCACGAGCUGGAGGAAGCUGAGGAGCGGGCUGACAUUGCGGAGUCACAGGUCAACAAGCUCCGCGCAAAGAGUCGGGAGUUUCAUAGGAAGAUAGAAGAGGAAGAGUGAGGAUGUCAUGAGGCAGCAAAGUGACCUGAGGGAGGCACAAAGUGUCAACCUCUUGGUCGCUUUCUUCUGCAAUGAGUCUUUGUAACCAUGUUAAUGUCUAGUGAAUAAAGACCGUAGUUUCCUCUGCAUACACAG